AUGGCUCAAAAGGCUUGGUAUAUGGUGAGUCUCAAAAUGGACAAGCUGGAAAGGGGUUCUGGAAUCAGGAGAAAUACUUUGGUUAGGUCUCAGCAAACAGGAACCACACCUCUGGGGCAACCAGCCCCAGCUCCUUCUGUGUCUAGCAGCACCCAGCUGAGCAGAACUGGCAACCACUGCACAAGUGGCCACUGGGCCUGGGCAGACAAGCAGGUAGACCAGGUACAACAGGAUAAGAUCUGAGAGUCUGUGGAGGCUGAACAGAGAGGAAGGAGAAUCUGGCACCAGAUAUGGAGUUUCCUAAAGGAUCCUUAACCAAAUGGUAAGAGAAAGGAGCAGAAGCCACUGCCAAAUUGUAUGUCUGUGUUCCCAAGCAAAGUUCCCAACUCAACCAACCGAACUACUGGCAGCCAAAUGAAUACUGAGCUUGGCAGGGCUCUGGUAAAUAGAAUCUUCAGCAGUGCUGCGUGAGAGAGGAAACUUGAGGGUGAGCUCCAGCUUUCUUAG